AUGGUCAACCAUCAUCACCUACUCCUAUCACCUGCACCAGAGUCUUCGCCUUCGCCGGCGCCGGCGCCUCAUGAACGAAACUAUACUAAAUUGGCUCCAUCUCAUUCACCGUCGCCGGAGACUUUUGUAAACUCAUCGGCGGAAGAGUUAUCAUCGCCUCCACAGAAGAUACCGGUGUACUUUAGUCCGCCUCUGAUUGCCAUGGUGGUUGUUAUAGCAACUGCUUUUGUAAUCAUAACUUACUCGCGGCUCCUCUUCCGCCACUUUCACAAUCUCUAUCGCCGAUAUAAGAGGUGGCGCUUCCGUCGCCGGCUCCGACACUACGUUCCCUCUUCCUCCGCCAGGGACAUUGAUUCCCCGUCUUACUCCUUCGAUCCUACUGACGCUGCUUUCCACGUUCUCUCUCCGUACGGACUCGACGAAUCGGUCAUCAAAACAAUUCCUCUAUCUGUCUACACACGAAAGAGAGAACUCCACGAUUGCGCAGUUUGCUUGUUAGAAUUCGAAGAAAAUGAUUAUAUUCGUACUCUUCCGGUGUGUUCUCACUCAUUUCACGUGGAUUGCAUAGAUAUAUGGCUCCGGUCACACGCCAAUUGCCCUCUGUGCCGCGCCGGAAUAUUCCGCCCUCAAUCUCCGUUCACACCACUGAUGGCUGCGAGAAUUCGCCCUAGCCUCGAAGACAUCAUCGUGGAGAGCACAAUCCUCGAGCCUCUAACCGAGUUUCUGAUGGAACCUGACUCAACCAGCGUCGGCGAAAUCACUCGGGAACCCUCGCCUCAACUAAACAAUCAAUCCGAGGACCGAUUCAACCGCCGCGAUUUUUCGUUAAAACGAUCUUAUUCAUUUGGAUUUGAAAGAAAUUUAGGAUCAGAAAGAUUAGUGUUAGAACCGGCAACCACCUCCCCUUGGCGGUACAGAAGAGGCAGCGGAGGAAGCUUCUGGAAUAAACGCCCUUCACCAUUCACUUCAUUAACAAAACCUAGGGUAUUCUCAUUCCGAUACUACAGAGGAAUGAAAUCUCCGUUUCUUCGCCGCCGCUCCGGCGGCGGGUUCUUCCCAUUGUCCGAGUCUAGCGUGCGGCUCGGCUUAUCCAGCGGAGGCGGCGGCUCAUCGAGAAGAAGUAAGUCGUUUGCGAGUCCAAUGUUCAUAAGAUCAUCUGCUACAGCGACUGGGCCAUUUUCAUCAAGCCGGCUAAGGAGUGGUGAUCCAGAGGCGCUAUUAUCACCGGAGAGAUUUAACAGACGGUGA